CACCUUCACUCAUUGUGAGUUGUUUCUUUUUCAAUAAUUGUUGGAUUCACACACACUCUCCUUGGGCAAGUUUGUGUCGUGGAUGCAGUCCAUAAUGAGAGUUCCUGGGGGGUUGUUUCUGCUCGUACUUUUGCAUAUAUUUACAGGAAGCAGUUCAGGGACGCUUGUCACCAGCUGUGCUUCAUGUCAUGAUGAAGCCACCUGCUUGGAGUCAAGAGAAAGAGGCGACACUUUCUCCCACCAGGCCCUGUCUUGUGUCUGUAAAGAAGGCUUCGUAGGCGAUGGCCUUACCUGCUAUGAUACUAAACUGUGCAGUGACUCGUCUUGCUGUCGCCAAGGUUACCACUGGUCACCAGACAGGGGCUGUGUGAAAGACCCAUCUGUAAAGGCCAGCUGUGGAGGUGUAGUUUGUCCUUCAGACACAGACUGCAUCAGUGUUAAUGGGACUGAGCGAUGUGCUGAUCCCUGUGAGCACUACUCUAUAAUAAAUGAUGAGUGGCGUUCAGUAAAUUACACAAGGUCAGGGCCUUACUACAAUGAUUUUGGUGUUAACUGGCAAGGCUGGUAUCGCAUGUUUCUGGGUCAAAGCAAUGCUCGUAUUCCAGACUGGUGUGUCAGUCGAUUCUCAUGUGGCACCCUUAAUAGUCUGCGGAUAGAACAACCUAAUCCUACAGAAUAUGGAAGAAUUGUAAGUCGCAAUGUGUGUUCUAUGUCUUCGAGUAACUGCUGCGAUUAUCGUACCCGCACCAUAAACGUCAAACUCUGCUAUGGAAACUACUACGUCUACAAACUUCAGCAUCCAUCGGUAGGCCCUUCUGCAUACUGUGCAGAGACAUAUGGAGCAAACCCAGGAGUUCCUUCAACCACUGAUCCAAGACCACAGAACUCCACCACCACUCCCACCCCAGCAACACCACAUAACAGCACAGCAGUACCAGGUAACAACACAGCAGUGGAAGGGGAGAUCCGCCUGGUCAAUGGAGGAAACAGCUCCUGCUCUGGCAGAGUGGAGAUCUUCCAUAAUGGACAGUGGGGGACGGUGUGUGAUGAUUCCUGGGACCUGAUUGAUGCUCAGGUGGUCUGCAGACAGCUGGGCUGUGGCAGGGUGCUCUCAGCACCAGUAAUGGCACAAUUUGGACAAGGCACAGGGCACAUCUGGAUGGAUAAUGUCAGGUGCACAGGGAGCGAAUCAAAGCUCUCUGAGUGCCAACACAAUGGAGUAGGAAAUCACAACUGUGGUCACAGUGAAGACGCUGGUGUCGUCUGUGAAGCUCUUUCACCAGUGAGGCUGGUCAACUCUGACAACCGCUGCUCUGGCAGAGUGGAGGUCUUCCAUAAUGGACAGUGGGGGACAGUGUGUGAUGAUUCCUGGGGCCUGAAUGAUGCUCAGGUGGUCUGCAGACAGCUGGACUGUGGUGAAGCUCGUGCAGCACCAACACAGGCCCAGUUUGGACAGGGCAGUGGACCCAUCUGGUUGGACGAUGUUCAAUGUUUUGGAAAUGAACCAUCGAUCACAGACUGCACUCAUAGAGGAUUUGGGGUCCACAACUGUGGUCACCAUGAAGAUGCCAGCACUGUGUGUGAAUUCCAGUCCCCUUCACAUGAGGCCCCUCAGCUUAUUUGCAGAAGUGAUAAACUCCUGAUCGGACUGCAUAUAAACAGUGUGACAGCUGCUGGUUUAAAUCCAUUCUCUGGAAAUCUGGCUUCCCGCAACUGCUCCUGGUUCUCAUUGCAGGAUGAUAGGGUUUGGUACGAAGUGGACGCUCAGGCAGGAGCCUGUGGAAAUGAUCUGAGGACCAACAGCACACAUGCCGUCUACUCCAACGCUUUGUUCAUCUACCCAUAUAAUCAAUCCUUCGCCGUUCCUGUGACUCUUCCCUUCUCCUGUGCUUAUCCUCUGAACACAGACAGCUCCCUGUAUAUGACAAUCAGGCCAUUCCUGCCGGUGUCAGGAGGUAUUUCAGGUGAUGGUCCAAAAGCCAGAGCCUACAUGAAUCUGUAUCGUGACCCCGGCUUCACUGACCGUUAUUCAGGAAUCCAGGUCAGCCUCCCGGUGGGCUCGCCGUUGUAUGUGGGUGUCACUGUGUCGUACGGAGACACAAACUUUGGGCUUGUUCUGGAGGACUGCUUCGCCACUCACUCAUCAAACCCUGAUGAUCCCUCGCGAUACCCCUUCAUCCAGAACCAGUGUCCUGCUGCCAGACAACCGGUGUCCAUCAUUGAAAGCGGCAGGUCCCUCCAGGCUCGUUUUUCUGCUGUGCUGUUCACGCUCCAGGAUGAUUACCGAGACAUUUUCCUGCACUGCAACCUGAGCCUUUGUGACCGUAGACGUUACAGCUGUAUCCCACACUGCAGAAGCAGAACAUCUCGCUCUGUUUCCAGCUCUGCUUCUGUGGAGCCCAUCACCAUUGGACCCAUCACUUGGCAAAAACCAGCUCAGUGAGUCAGAAAGCUACAAUGAUAAUAUCACCUCAUUUCAUGUUUUGAUGUUAAAUUGCUUUUAUUGAAAUUAAAUAAUAAAACAUUUUAAUUGUAAUGAUAAAUAAAAUGUUGUACACUUAAAUUUCUUCAAACUUUGUAUCAUUCUUCAGUUGCACUACUCCUGCAACACCAAUCAAAAAUAAAAUAUGGAAGCCGUAAAUAAAAAA